AUGGAAGGCAAUCUGAACAAUUAUCACAAUGAUGCUAUUGAUGAGCUCAUGUUAACAAGCGGGCGUCAUGCGGUCGUUAUUGUUGUUGGUGGUGGACUUGCUGGUCAAUCUGCCGCUAUUGAGGCUGCAAACUGUGGUGCUCAAGUAAUCCUCAUCGAAAAAGAAUCCAAACUUGGUGGUAAUAGUGCCAAAGCUACAUCUGGUAUUAAUGCCUGGGGUACUCGGGCGCAAGCAAAGGCAAGUAUCAUGGAUGGAGGAAAGUACUUUGAGCGAGACACCUUCAAGUCAGGUAUAGGUGGUAACACAGAUCCUAGUCUUGUUAAGGUGUUAUCGGUGAAAAGUGCAGAUGCCAUUCGUUGGUUGACGUGUCUUGGUGUUCCAUUGACAGUACUCUCACAGCUUGGAGGACACAGCCGUAAACGUACACACCGCGCUCCCGAUAAAUCGGACGGAACUCCAGUACCCAUUGGUUUUACCAUUAUGCAAACACUUGAGCGACACAUCCGUAAUAAUCUUUCUGAUCACAUCACAAUUAUGGAGAAUACUUCCGUAACGGCAUUGCUGCAUGAGAGCAAAACACGUCCUGAUGGUGUUGUCCAGGUGAGGGUCAAGGGUGUAGAGAUCACACAGAACGAUGGGGAGAAGACACAGUUGUUGGCAGAUGCCGUCAUUCUUGCUACUGGUGGUUUCUCUAACGACAAGACCGCCAAUUCACUCCUUCAGAAGUACGCACCGCAGCUCUCCAAAUACCCCACGACCAACGGCCCUUGGGCCACUGGUGAUGGUGUGAAACUCGCCAGUGCACUUGGUGUCAAGCUUGUGGACAUGGACAAGGUACAGCUACACCCGACAGGUCUUAUUGACCCUAAAGAUCCGGCAAACCCAACGAAGUUCCUUGGCCCAGAGGCACUUCGUGGAUCUGGUGGUAUUCUGUUAAACAAGAAAGGUGAACGUUUUGUAAAUGAACUCGAUCUCCGUUCUGUUGUAUCACAGGCUAUCAUCAAACAAGAUAAUGAGUAUCCGGGGGCGAAUGGCAGU